AUUGCGCAAUUCUCCUCCAGAAUGCUCAGCGUCUUGCGCGUAAAGAACUUUCUAGUCGGUCAACUCUUCAUCCAGUCGUUCCAGGUUGAAAAGGAGACGAUAAGCUUCCAAGAAUCUUAAGAGGGCACUGCCCCUUCCGGUUAGCUUCCGGGAUACUAUGGAUCUACGUGCUGCUCCGGAAUGCUAAAUUUGGUAUAGCCGGUGCUAAUUUCGCCUUAUUCAGCAAUCAUUUUUACACCCCUAUCCGGAGUAUAUCCAUAUGAAGCAAUCGUAGGCUCAAGGACGAGAAUAAAUCUUACGGGAUGAAACUGGAAGAGGAGAUUUCGGUAAAAAGUUUAAUCGGUCUGCUAUCCUGGUGAAUAGUUAAUUCCGUCACCAAUGCAAUCGUUGAUUUCUAAUAAGGUGGACAUCCCAUCGAUUAGCUUACCCGAGCAUUCGUUGCCAACAGGGGAAAUAUUUGAUAGAGUCAAUAUAUACGAAGUCAGAAAUGCUAGCUACCUAUUUAUAUUAAAGCCAAAUCUUAUAACAUUAGAACAAAAUCAACGAGUUCUUUCUCAACAUCUUUCUAUUCAGGCAUAUUGUCGUGAUGGAGUUGGUCCCCUUUACCCAAAGCGGGCUCAAGCUUAGCCAUGAGGACGCGGCUAGCGACGAGAAUACGAUCCCUAGAUUGAUCCAGUCAUUCUUACGCAACCGCCCCGGAGGGAAUAAGGAGAAGCAAGACGUAGUAUUUCGAAACCUUACUGUUCGAGGAGCUGGAAUUGGCCAUCAAGAAGCUCCAACAAUCCUAACAGCUUUGCUUGCUUUAGCUGAGAAGGUAAAUCCAGCGUCGUACCUAUCGAAAGAACCCAAACCAUCACGCACGCUCCUCCAUUCGACGUCCGGUAUAAUCCGCGGCGGGGAGACGUUGAUGGUUAUUGGAAAACCCGGGAGUGGUUGCACGACAUUCCUCAAGACUCUGGUAAACUUGCGGGAUGAAUAUCAAGCGGUAGAUGGAGAAAUAUGGUACAACGGCCGGAGCGCAACGGAAAUGAAAUCGCGCCACCCAGCGGAGAUGGCUUAUGCUGGGGAAGACGAUAUCCAUUUCCAUAGUCUCUCUGUAGGCACAACGCUCCGAUUUGCAUUGAAUGCGCGGACCCCAAUCGAUACCCCCAACCGUUCUCAACAGCUAGACGAUGAUGUACAAACUCUUCUUGACCUCUUCGAUCUCGCGCACGUCGCGAAUGUUCCGGUGGGGAAUGAUUAUAUUCGAGGUGUUAGUGGAGGUCAGCGACAUCGCGUGACUCUGGCCGAAGCAUUCUGUACGCGGGCUAGUGUUAUGGCUUUUGACAAUCCGACUCGCGGCCUUGAUUCUUCCACUGCACUUCGGAUCGCCCGGAUGCUUCGGGAGUAUACUAUUCAGAGUCAAUGCUGCACCAUCGUGUCUCUAUACCAAGCCAGCGAUGCAAUAGCCAAUUGUUUCGAUAAAGUAUUGGUACUAAGCUCAGGCCGCGUGGUAUACUUUGGACCUACUAGCGAAUCGAAGCAGUAUUUCCAGGACCUCGGAUUCGAAUGCCCACCUCAAACAUCGCUAACAGAUUUUCUAACCUCCAUGUCCGGAAAUCCCAAGUCUCGUCACGUCCGCUGCGACCACAAUGGACGACUCGUACCGAUUAGUUCAGGCGAUUUCGAACAACGAUACCGAGAAAGUAAGCACUACGCACAGGAAAUUUCGGGAUUUUCGAAUGAUACAACGCCAUCGCCAUCGCGAGAGGUAUCGAGCUUCCAGUUGCCAUUCUACAGACAGAUAUACGAAUGUACUAUUCGUCACUACCGCAUUCACUUUACGGAUCGAAGUACUUGGGUUGCAGAAGCCGCGGGAACCGUAGCUCAAGCAAUGAUGCUGGGCACACUGUUUCGAGAUCAACAAGCAGUCACCCACGGGAUUUAUACGAGAUCAUCGGCGUUGUUUUUCUGCGCCCUUAUUAUGUGUCUUCAAGCUACUGCGGAGUUUGGAAAUACCUUUGCGCAAAGACCCAUUCUUCUUAAGCAGCGAGCAUUGUGUUUUUAUAGACCGGGCGCUUACGCACUUGGACAAAUCCUUGCUGAUAUUCCCUGGAAGGUCAUCUUCAUCCUUUAUAACUUACCGAUAUACUGGAUGGUCAAUUUUAAACGGGAGGCUGGUCCGUUUUUCAUUUGGUUCCUCACGUUGUGGAUCUCACUUGUCUCAUUGGGGGUGAUGUUUCGUACCAUUGCUGUAUUCACUACGACUCCAACACGAGCUGUUCUCCCAGUAGGAAUUCUGAUGAACUCACUUAUCAUUUACACCGGAUUUUACAUCAAUCCACCGGGGAUGAAAGUAUGGCUAGGAUGGCUACGAUAUAUAAAUCCGAUAUAUUAUGCUUUCGAAUCUGUUAUGCUGAAUGAGUUCGUAUCGAGGGAAUACCAAUGCAGCGAAGAGGAUACAGUCCCACGGGGACUGGAUUACAAUGACACUGCUUUCCAAGUCUGCGCAGUACAAAGCUCGAUUCCCGGCAACUUAACGCUUUCUGGACGGGAUUAUCUCGAGACGGUUUAUAAUUUCUUCCAAUCUAACCUCUGGAGGGAUAUUGGAAUUAAUGCUGCCUUUUUCGUUUUCUUUACUAUUUGCGUCACGGUUGGAAUGGAGAGGUUUAAAACCCCCGCCGGUUAUCUGUCUACGAUAUUCUACAGCACAGGGGCCCUACAGAAAAAACCUCUAGAUACUUCGGACGAAGAGAAGUCCCCAGGACAAGAUACGGACACAAGCGAGGCAGUUCUCUCGCAGCAAAUCCGGACUACGACCAGAGAACCGAUUAAAUCUUCAAGACAUCAUUUCGCUUGGAAAGACCUUUGUCUAGAUAUUCAAGUGGGAGGGAAACAUCGCCGAUUAUUAAACAAUGUCUCUGGAUGGUUAGAACCUGGCGCUAUGACCGCUUUGAUGGGGAUGUCGGGUGCAGGAAAGACUACACUUUUAGAUACACUCGCCCAGAGGGUUACCAUUGGCAUAGUAAGUGGUGGAUUAUACCUUGACAGUGAACCCCUUCCUCAAUCGAUGAACCGGCGGUCCGGCUUCGUACAGCAACAGGAUGUCCAUCUUAGCACGGCGACCGUCCGAGAAGCACUGCGUCUUACAGCCAGGCUCCGCCAACCAGCCUCAGUUCCUAUCUCUGAGAAGUAUGAUUAUGUUGACGCAGUCAUUUCGAUGCUUGAAAUGGAUGAUGUGGCCGAUGCGCUAAUUGGUACCCCUGGCGCCGGUCUAAGUCUCGAGAAACGGAAACGAGUGAGCAUCGGCGUUGAGCUUGCAGCAAAGCCGGAUAUCCUACUCUUCUUAGACGAGCCUACAUCUGGUUUGGACGGGGAUUCUGCAUUCUCUAUCAUUGCUCUGAUGCGCAAACUUGCAGAUGCUGGACAGACCAUCUUAUGUACAAUUCACCAGCCCUCAUUCGAGCUCAUCGAACAGUUUGACAACAUCUUGCUCCUCAUACCUGGUGGCAAGACGGCGUAUUUCGGACCCAUGGGACCGCAAUGUCAAACCCUAGUCGAAUAUUUUGGCCGACAUGCACGGCCCUGUGGGGAUACGGAGAAUCCGGCCGACUAUGUUCUCGAUCUUACGGUGAACGCUCCGGUUGACUGGUCUGAGACGUGGUUGAAGUCGCCAGAAUAUCAUGCGGCCCGACAGCGCUUGGACGAGAUAUUAUCAGGGAAUGUACACGACAAUAAGGGUGAUGAGCAUAACACGGCCUUCGCUGCGUCUCUCCGUGAACAAAUAAGAGUGGUACUCCAUCGAGCCUUCUUGAACUAUUGGCGGGAUCCAGACUACGUAGUUGGAAAGAUUCAGAUGAACGUCUGGAUGGGUCUCAUCAACGGUCUGUCAUUCCUACAAUUGUCGAACAGCAUGACCGACUCGCGAAAUCGCAUGUUCUCCAUUUUUGUUGGCAUCAUCACAGGGCCUGUGCUUACUCUACAGAUCGAGCCACGUUUUAUUGCCUUCCGCGAUCAGUUCCUUGCACGCGAAAAGGAGUCUCGUGUUUAUCACUGGUCCGUCUUCGUCUUGAGCGCGUUUAUAGUAGAGAUACCGUUUACUCUUAUAGGCGGAUUCGUCUAUUGGGUCUUGUGGUAUUACAUGACAGGGUACUUUUAUUCAUCCGAACGCGCCGGUUACGCGUUCUUGAUGUACGAACUCUACCAUAUUUUUACGAGCAGUGUCGCGCAAUUAAUAGCGUCAAUUUUCCCAACCAUUGGAGCUGCACACAUAGCAACCGGCUUUGUCUGGCUUAUGAUUAAUACCUUUAACGGUCCUCUUUCGCCGCCUCCGCUUACUCCUAGGGGCUGGCGGUGGUUCUACAAUGUGUCGCCACUCUAUUAUUUCGUUGAAAGCCUCGCCACAAACGCUAUGCAUGGACUUGAGAUAACUUGUUCUGAGUCGGAGAUAUCUGUCUUCCGUGCUCCAGGAAACCAGACAUGCGGCGAAUAUGCUGCAUCCUUUUUCAGUUCGUCAUCCGCUCAGGGGUAUCUAGUUGACGAGAAUGCCAUAGGAGACUGCGCGUAUUGUCCAUAUGCAAACGGAGACGAAUAUGUCAAGCAAUAUGACUUUGAUUAUAGUAGCCGCGCUAACAAUAUCGGUAUCUUUAUCGGCUUCAUUCUUUUCAACUACACGGUUGCGACUAUUGCAACAUAUCUAAUCUUUAUUCACAAGUGGAAGAUACCCCAAAAUUUGUCCCGAAAGCAGUAAAUCAUUAAAGAUGCUGGAGAAGC